AUGGCCGGCGCGUCCCCUAACAUCCCUGCGCUAGCGUCCGGUGACACUGCCCUGCACGCUGCUUCGAGGGUUGGAAAUUUGGAAGGUGUGAAGCUGCUGCUGGAUGUUGGGGGGGACCCUGCUUUCCGCAACAAUGACGGCUUGGCACCUUCAGACGUAGUGUGCAGCGCAGUGGCCGACGAAGGGAGCAGCUGCGAAGGCGAUGAAAUUGAGGAUCUUCUCACAUCCAAACAGGCAGAUGAAACGGACGCCCCCGCUGCCGUGGAUUGCGAGAACACCGAAGACGCCGCAGAAAAGCUGAUGUGCGCCCUGCAGGGCAGCAGCGGCAACGACACUGGAGAUGGCACAGGGGCGGGCUGA